AUGGGGGAUUGGAACUUACUAGGGAGUAUUUUAGAAGAAGUCCACAUUCAUUCCACCAUCGUGGGGAAGAUCUGGCUCACCAUCCUCUUCAUUUUCCGCAUGCUUGUGCUCGGCGUUGCAGCUGAGGACGUCUGGGACGAUGAGCAGAGUGAGUUUGUUUGCAACACGGAGCAGCCUGGCUGCAAAAAUGUCUGCUAUGACCAGGCUUUCCCCAUCUCCCUCAUCCGCUACUGGGUGCUGCAGAUCAUCUUCGUAUCCUCUCCGUCUCUGGUCUACAUGGGGCAUGCGUUGUACCGUCUGAGGACCCUCGAAAAGGAGAGGCACAGGAAGAAAGCCUGUCUGAAAGCUGAGCUGGAGGGGACAGACCCCAUCCAGGAGGACCACAAGAGAAUUGAGCGAGAGCUCAGGAAACUAGAUGAACAGAAGAAAGUAAGGAAAGCUCCCCUUAGAGGUUCAUUGCUGCGCACAUAUGUUUUCCAUAUCUUAACCAGAUCUGUGGUGGAGGUAGGGUUCAUUAUAGGUCAGUGUGCUCUGUACGGUAUCGGACUGUCUCCUCUGUACAAAUGUGAGAGGUUGCCUUGCCCCAACAGUGUUGAUUGUUUCGUGUCACGGCCAACAGAGAAGAACAUUUUCAUGGUUUUCAUGCUGGUUAUUGCUGGGGUUUCUUUAUUCCUCAACCUCCUGGAGAUUUUCCAUCUGGGGGUGAAGAAGAUCAAACAGAGCUUGUAUGGAUACAAAUAUGGAGACGAUGAGAGCGUGUGCAGGUCAAAGAAGAACUCCAUGGUGCAGCAGGUGUGUGUGCUCACUAACUCCUCGCCAGAGAGGUUGAUGCAGCUCACACAGAUGACCCGCUCGGUCAUAUCGGAUGCUCAUAGGGAGACGGUGCCUUUGAAUUUGGCCCUUGUGUCCCCUCAGAAUAAGGACGGGUCCAACAGCUCCAACCAGCAGCCUGCACAACCGUACCUGCCGAGUCAAGCGGACGUCCAGGGUCUCCAGCUGCUGGGGGUGGUGGAGCGGCGCUACACCCAGGACAACAGGAAGCCCUCGUGCAGCAGUGAGGAGUCAAAUGAAGCUCAGGUGUCGGGUCGGCCGCGGUCCGCAGGACCUCGGCCUACACUGAUGGCCGGCCACAUGGAGAUCCCAGCUGCCCUGAGGAACCCCCAGAGGAUGCAGAGCAGAGUGAGUGUUUGUAAGGAGCUCAGUGACAUGAGCGACUCGACAGAGAGCGACCACUACCCCACAGCCAGAAAGUGCAGUUUUAUGUCCCGAGAACUGUCGGAGGCCACUCAGUCUGACAGUACCGAUUCCCAGAGUGGACCAGACGUCGAGGCCCAGCACCUCAACCAGGGAGAGAGUCCCGCAGUAACCCCGCCGCCUCCAGCAAGCGGGAGGAGGAUGUCCAUGAGCAUGAUUCUGGAGCUGUCUUCAAUCAUGAAAAAGUAA